GACAUAGAAAGAAGGAUGUCACAUGGUGAGCAGGAGGCAGGAUGAGAGGCAGCAGGCACGCAGCAAGGAAAAACAGGACGACGUGUGUGAGGCAGUGAGCCGGUCAUUUCCCUCAUGAGUUUGCAAGUCGAGCGGUGCAGACAGUCCUGCCUCUUUCUCUGCUACGUCACAGCAGAGCAGAGCAGAGGGAGCAGGAUUACCCUGAUGCUGAGAGGAGGAUAGAAACACUCCAGCCUGCCAGGAGCCGGCUGCUGCAUUUUGUCAGUGGAUCAGUCUGUGAUGACUUUACGCUGUACUGGAGCUCUGUUUGUUUCUCUCGUCACUCUUUGCCAAAUUUGUGAAGGAAUGACAAAGAUAUAGAGGAAUCCUACUGCUUUUAACUCUCCAGACGUUUUGGACAAAUCUUCAUCCUUUUUGCCACUGUCACGACAGGUACAAGGAUACAGCUGUGCCUUUAAAUUGUUGGUUAAGUAGUUUCCACGCUGGAUCAAGAAGGAUUCAGUGCUUCAACCAACAACCAGUAAACUCAGGUGAAAGGACUUUGAACUAAAUCUGAUGGAUUCUCAAGUAGAUCACAAUGACUGGACUAAGUCAUGACUUCUUGAACUAUGAUUUGUCUUUCUCUCUGACCUAUGUGUACGUCUGACUCACCUUAACUUGAAAACAAAGAGAAGGCGAGAGUGACUGCAGAUUUUGGAGCAGCUGCACUUGUAGAGAACGUUGUGACCUAUGAAUCAGAAAUGGUGUUAAUGAUUGUGCUCCCCAGUGGUGCUGAAAAACGGAUACCUCAUCACUGCUGACUCACCACUGGGCCAAAGAUGCCACACUCCAUUGCCCUCAAGUUAGAGUUAAAGCCUCUAACACUAAAUUUGUCUGAAAAAGAAGCACUAACUUGAGCAAAAUGAUGUAGUAGAUGAUUCGUUUUCUCCUUCAGAGGUCAAAUGUUUCAUAAGAUUGUCUGUUCCAAAGUCACAAAGGUCUCACAAUCAGCCUAAAGUCUUUUGCCCUUGGCUUUUUUCAAAAGAAGGAAAAAUAACACAGACCGGUUUCUUCAGCAUUCACUCCGAUCACGUCUGAGGAAAGGGGGAAACUUCGCAGCAAAGUUUGAGAUAUCCACCGUCAGAAACCGUUUCCUGCCUCGACUGAACACUCGUCCUUUAGGUUUGGAUUUCAGUUACAAUGGAAAAGCGACACAUUCUGAACUGACUGAGAAACUCCUCGUUGUCAUCAUGGUGGUAACUCGUCUGGAGGUGGAGCUGCGCUACCAGGGCAAAAAGUUACGCGGUGUGACUUGGAAAUUGACUCGAUCCGAACACGGUUUCCUACCAGAGAGCUCCUGGCUGAUUGCUGCUCAGGUCAUAGUGCCGUACCUGGUGUCAGGGCUCGGGAUGGUCUUCGCUGGUAUCGUUAUGGACCUUGUUCAUCACUGGGAGGUGUUUAAGGUGAUAACAGAGGUUUUCAUCCUGGUGCCUGCGCUGGUUGGACUCAAGGGAAACCUGGAGAUGACUCUGGCUGCUCGCCUCUCCACUGCUUCCAACACAGGACAAAUGGAUGACCCCAAAAAACAGUGGACCAUGGUGUGUAGCAAUCUGGCACUAAUACAGGUUCAGGCCACAGUGGUGGGCUUCCUGGCAGCAGUGGCAGCUGUGUGUUUAGGAGCCAUUUCCAGAGGAGGCGUUGAACUGGACCAGGCAGCUGUUCUGUGUGCCAGCAGCAUCACCACCGCUUUUGUAGCUGCUCUGUCUUUAGGUCUGGUGAUGAUCGGAGUCAUCAUAGGUUCCAGGAAGGUCGGGAUCAACCCUGACAAUGUGGCCACGCCGAUUGCAGCCAGUCUAGGAGACUUGAUCACACUGUCCCUGCUGGCUGGAGUCAGCAGCACACUCUACAAUCACAUAGAUAUAUGGUACCUGUCCCCCCUGGUGUGUCUGGUCUUCCUGGCUCUGAUCCCACUGUGGGUGGUGGUGGCUCGACAGAGUCCUCAGAUCAGCGAGGUUCUCCGCUCAGGCUGGCAGCCUGUUAUAGUCGCUAUGUCCAUUAGCAGCUUUGGAGGCCUUAUACUGGACAAGACAGUGAGCGAUCCCAACUUUGAGGGCAUGGCCGUCUUUACACCCGUCAUUAACGGAGUGGGUGGAAACUUGGUGGCCAUUCAGGCCAGUAGGAUCUCCACGUACCUGCACUUCUGGAGCAUCCCUGGAGUCCUGCCCUACAAGAUGAGGCAGCACUGGCCCAAUCCCUUCAUUACCUUCUUCUCUUCAGGCGUGAAUUCAAAGUCGGCUCGAGUGCUGCUGAUGCUGGUUGUCCCUGGUCACCUGGUCUUCCUCUACGCCAUCUCUCUGCUGCAGGGAGAUGAGGCUCCCAUCUCUGUCGCCUUCACCAUCUGCUACCUCUGUGCGGCUCUGCUACAGGUCACUAUCCUCCUCUAUGUCGCUGACCUCAUCGUCCGCUUCAUGUGGAGGAGGAGUCUGGACCCGGACAACUUCUCCAUCCCGUACCUGACCGCCAUGGGUGACCUGCUGGGAACUGGUUUCCUGGCCCUGUGCUUCCGCUCCGUCUCACUUAUUCACAGCCUCGGUCUAUGAUUCUAUUUCUCUCCUUUCACCCUGAACUCUUAGCACCAACCACUGUCUCAGUCUUAUUAAUCGUGUUGAACCGGAUUUCCUUUGCACAAACAUGCUUUUGAUUGGACAAUAGUGCAUUUUAUGAUCUUUAUCACUGGACCAGUUUAAGAAUUAGUCACAAAAGAUGGAAGAUGUGACGACCAACCCUUUACACCAUCGUCUGGGUGGAGGGUUUGCUCUGUGAACAUGACCAGCUUUCAGCUGGAUCACAUUUUGUUUGAGAGGAAAAUACUUUAAGUACUAGUUUUAGUCCUCUGUCCUUCAGAACAUCUGCUCCAGGUCAAUGAAUUUAAAUUCCUCCUUCUCUCAUUCCUCUAUUUCCCUGUCAUUUCAUUUUCCAGCACUAACUAGAUUUGAGUUUAGGUUCAUCAGAGGCACAUGAUAAUGAUCGGUUAAGACGGCAGAUCAACUGUGUAAGCCAGUAGACAUGGUUUUCAUUGACCUUCACUGUGAACGACUGGUGAAUCUGUGGAAAUUUUAAAGCGGAUAAAACAAAAGCAGUCCAAGUUUGGGCAAGAUGUAAUAUGAAUUAAGGAUGGAGGACGAUGUACGUAUUUCACCAACUGGAAUUUUCCUGGAUGUGUGUCCAAUAUGAGUUUGGACAGAUGUUGUUGUCAUGGACGUCAUAGGAAAAGAUAUAAUCAUCAAAUUAAAAGUCCAGAAUCUUUAUUAUAAUGUAUAUACAUAUAUAU